AUGGCAUCAGGCGCGAGCCUGAGUCCCCUUCACAGGUGGAAAAAGUCACCUGCCCCUGCAACAAUCGGUGUGAAUGUCGGUCGCGUGAAAUGCGUCCGGUCACGCCAAGCAGCAGUGAAUCUUCUAGCUCUGAAACAGCCACAAAACGCUAUAGUAGCCGUCACUCAACAAGACGCGACCGGCACUCCCACGACGCACAUCCCACCACGCCGAACAGCAGUGAUUUUUCAGACUACGAACCACUCAGAAGACGCCAAAGCGGCCACCGCACCGGAAAGCGCGAACCAGAACACCAUCUGCCGGUGGAGAUAUGUCAAUGUGAGACCCAUACACCCCCUCCCAGUACACCCACCAUUCCAGGCCAGAGAUACCACUCCGCCCGUGCAUCAUUUACGACAGCACCACGCUCCGAUCCGAUGGUCCACCACCACUGUCGCAAGGCGUCUUAUUGCGAACUCCACCCGGAGCUCUGCCGGGCUGGGAUGCCGGCGCCUUCGCCAGUGCCGAGAUCGAUACCAAGUCCGGCCCGCUCUCCCCGAUUGA